CAUUGAUUGGUACUGGCACCCAGGAAAGGCGGGGGGAUAGAGGUAAAAAAAAAAAAAAAAAUGAGAGGGGUCGAAAGUCGAAACUGGAACUCUGAGUGACGAGAGAGCACUGCACUGGCAGCAGAAAAGGGAGAUCGACGAUGAAAGAGAAUCAGGAAAGGGGGGGAAAAAGCUCAGAGAGGAGGGUUGCUUGCUUCAUGAUGAAGACCAUUAUCAUUCAUAUCAUCUCCCUAUUGGUCUUUGGUUUUAGGAACUGCAGUGGCAGUGCAGAUCAUAGGCUUGUUUUUAAUGCAAUGCAGCUUUAUCUUCUUUCUCAC